UUGAGUGUCAAAAGGCUUUCACUGUUGAGACCGGGGGGUUUGGUGGAGAGUCGGUGGACCGGGUUUUUUGGGGGGCUUUACGAUCCAGACUGCGCAGUUGGAAUAACAAAUCAAACAAACAGUGUCUCACUGGUUAUAUCAUACAAGCAACAUGGAAGUGCUGGCAGCUCUUAAUUUGGGCGAUAUUGCCCAAGUUUUCUCAAAAAUGGGAAUGUUUCCCGUGUUUGAUGUCGCUUAUUACAUCGUGUCCAUCCUCUACCUCAAGUAUGAGCCGGGCUCGGUGGAGGUUUCUCGCAGGAGUCCCGUGGCCUCUUGGCUCUGUGCCAUGCUCUACUGCUUUGGUAGUUACAUCCUGGCAGACAUCAUGCUUGGAAGCAGCCCCGUCGACUAUUUCCAACACAACAGCCACAUCCUGCUGGCCUCAGCUGUCUGGUACCUCAUCUUUUACUGCCCAUUGAACCUCUUCUAUAAAUGCGUGGCUUUCCUGCCCGUCAAGCUGGUGUUGGUUGCCCUGAAGGAAGUCGUCCGCACUCGUAAGAUUGCUGCAGGUGUUCACCACGCCCACCACGCCUACCACCACGGCGUCUUCAUCAUGGUCAUCGUUGGAUACGUCAAAGGGUCUGGAGUGGCUCUCAUUUCCAAUUUUGAGCAGCUGCUGCGCGGUGUGUGGAGGCCCGACACCAACGAGAUCCUCAACAUGUCAUUCCCGACCAAAGCCAGUCUGUACGGAGCCAUCCUCUUCACCCUGCAGGAGGCUCACUGGCUGCCAGUGUCCAAGAGCACCCUCAUCCUCAUCUUCACCCUCUUCAUGGCAACAAGCAAGGUGGUGAUGACCGCCCGACACUCUCACGGUUCCCCCUUCGCCCUCAUUGAGUCCUGGGUUUGCCAUCUGCUGUUCGGCUCCCCUCUGGGUGGAUCGGAUGAAGACCACCAUCAUCCUCCCGCCGCUGUCCCAGCUUCACCUCUCAAAACCAAGGAGGAGCUGAGUGAAGGUGCCCGCAAGAGGAAGGCCAAGAAAGCCGAGUAGGACGGCGAGGUGAAAACUGCAUCAUGGCCUCCACAUGAUGGGACCUCCCAUUGCUUUCUAGGGAAAGGAGCAGUUUGACGUUUAACCAAAUGAGACCCUUUCUAUUAGAGAAAAAUGGCGCUUUCUGCAUUUUACACAGAACGAGGACUCUGUAAAUACCACGGCAAAUGUUUCACAUUUUAAACCUAUUCAUUUAUGUGUUUGUGAACAUCUGCAUCUGUGCUCAACACUGUGGUGAUCCACGUUCAGCAGCUGCCUUGACGUUUUAGGAUGGCCUCUGUUUCACAUCAGUAGCUGUGUUAAGGAUUUUCUACCAAACCUUAUUUCAGUUCGGAAAGAAAUAGAAAAUACAAAUUAAUCUGACUCUCAAUCAGAAAUUCAAAUGUGAAUAAAGCAAUAUGUGAAAGAACAUUGCUGCUUUUUAACAUUGAGCUGAGGACGUCAUGUCUUUAAAUAAAACCAAAAGAAUGUGU